AUGGCAGACGUCUCAAAUGCAUCAAAAGAAAUGAUGUUAGAAACUCAUUUCUCAAAUGUCUCUUCAGUUUUAAUAUUGCAAGGUUUCUCUCUGCCUCCUUACAGUGUUAUUCCUGCCGCUCUGUUUGCCAGUCUUAAUUACAUGGUCAUUCUCUUCUGCAACCUUGUGCUCCUCCUCACCAUCCUCUUAAACAAAAGCCUGCAUCAGCCCAUGUACUUGCUACUGCUGAACUUACCCAUCAAUGACAUUAUAGGCUCUACUGCUCUGUUUCCGCAGGUUAUAAAUGAACUACUGUUAGACUCUCGGAGUAUACCAUACGCUGCCUGCAUUACCCAAGCAUUUUUUAUUCAUAUCUAUGCAACUGGCUCUGUGUUCAUCUUGACUGCCAUGGCUUAUGACCGAUAUGUUGCUAUAUGUUGUCCUUUACAAUACGGAACGAUUAUGACUAAUGCUCAUGUUAUGAGAAUAAUCACCUUGGUGUGGUUAUGUAACUUUUUUGUUAUGGGGGUUCUGUUUUUCCUUCUUUUGCGAUUGCCCCGUUGCAGGUCCCGAAUGGCACAUUCUUACUGUGACAAUCCCUCUCUUCUUAGACUUGCCUGUACUGACACAACUGUUAACAACAUUUAUGGGCUGGCAUUGGUAGUGGUAACACAAGUGGCAGUUCUUGGGAUAAUUUUCUGCACGUACAUUCAGAUCCUUGUCGCUUGUUUCCGGAGCAAAAGGGCAGACACUAAAACUAAAGCUCUACAGACGUGUGCAACACAUCUGAUUGUGUUUCUGUUUCUCGAAUGCUUGGGUCUUUUUACAAUCAUUUCAUACAGGAUACCAAAUCUUUCUUCUGAAACAAGACGAUUCAUUGGUGUUUCUACUAUGAUAUUCCCUCCCACUGUAAAUCCAAUUAUUUACGGCCUAAAGACUAAAGAAAUCAAAGAUAAAAUCUUUACAUUUUUUCGUUCAAAAGUUAUCAAAAGUGGAGGUUGA